UGCAGACAGUGAUAUCCUCACCUCUCUUAUUGUUGUUCUCUUCUUCUUUUCUUGUUUCCUUUUCCAUUCUUCUUUUUCUCUCUGUACUCAAACUCACUUCCCCACUUAUUUAUACAAUGUCGGCUUACAAAGACCAGGAUACCCGUCUUCAUGGCAUCAAAACUAAGAUUCGUGUCGUCCCCAAUUUCCCCAAAUCCGGUAUUAUGUUCCAAGACAUUACUACUCUAUUGCUUGAUCCCAAAGCAUUUAAGGACACAAUAGAUUUGUUCGUUGAGCGGUACAAGGGCAAAAACAUUUCUGUUGUUGCAGGAAUUGAAGCUCGAGGUUUUAUUUUUGGUCCUCCCAUUGCGCUGGCUAUAGGAGCAAAGUUUGUACCAUUGAGGAAACCAAAGAAGUUGCCUGGAAAAGUUAUUUCUCAAGAAUAUAUUCUGGAAUAUGGAAGGGACUGUCUUGAGAUGCAUGUUGGAGCUGUUGAACCUGGUGAGCGUGCUUUAGUGGUUGAUGAUUUGAUUGCAACAGGUGGAACACUCUGUGCAGCUAUGGACUUGUUAGAACGUGUGGGAGCAGAAGUGGUGGAGUGUGCAUGUGUAAUUGAAUUACCAGAAUUGAAGGGUCGUGAACGUUUGAACGGGAAGCCCUUGUACGUGUUGGUUGAAUAUGUGGAGAUAUGAUGAUUAUGAAGUGUGCAAAAGAAUAUUAAGAUGUAGAUUUGGGAGAUGAUGUGUCUUUCAGUGGGUGCUUUCCCAUUCGGAUUCCAAUUCUAGCUUGUAGUAGGAACGAUCAAAUCAAAUUAAUGAUGCAUUUGUAUGACCCACUCUUAUGGGUCUCGUCUUCUCAUCUCUGCUUCCUCACUCUUUUUCGAAUAAAAUUAAUAUCUUUGGCUACAAGAAUAUACUUGUAGAUAUUUUGCAUGACGAAAUCCAACAUGGACUCCAGAACGCCCUGUAACACAUUCCA